AGGAAAUCAGAUGUCAGUGACAUUAGUUCAUGAGUUACACUCGCUUGUCUUCGGUUUCCUCUCUGUGCUUUGCAGCACAGCUCAAAAAUGAGCAACAUUCUGCAUUUUCUGCUUCGUGUGAUCGUUCUGCUUCAUUUUGCCCCUCAUAUACAGAGCACUGAACCUUUUUACGACAUCACAGACCCAGCGUUUAUUGAUGAGUGCGUCAAAGAACACAACAGACAUCGAGCCAAUGUGAAGCCUCCUGCCAGCAACAUGAGAUACAUGACAUGGGAUGAGGGUUUGGCGAUAAGUGCACGAGCAUGGGCGAGUAAUUGCGUCUUUAAGCAUAACCCUAAUCUUCAGCAGCCGGGCAAAAUGCAUCCCAUCUUCACACCUGUGGGUGAAAACAUCUGGGCCGGUGCCCCGUAUGGAAGUUUCAAAGUGCAGUCUGCUAUACAGUUAUGGGUGGAUGAAGACAAAUAUUAUAACUAUGAUAGCAAUAACUGCUCCAAAGUAUGCGGCCACUAUACACAGGUUGUCUGGGCAGACACUUACAAAGUUGGUUGUGCUGCACAAGCAUGUCAGAAUGGUGUUGCUGAAACAACGUUUUCAACAGUUCCUGGAAUCAUAUUUGUGUGCAACUACGCAACAGCAGGAAAUUAUGCUGGUGUGUCUCCAUACAAAAAGGGCAAAUCGUGCAGCGGUUGCGGCACAGAGACGUGUGAAAAUAACCUCUGUCGUAAGUGUGAGAAACAAAGUUUAAAAACACCAACCUGA